GAAGACAACUCGAGCGCGCUCACAAAACAACCACCACUGCCAAACACAACAAACCCCCAAACCAAUAUGUCGUCCACACCUCUCCGCCUCGGCAGCAUCGCGCCAAACUUCCAAGCCGAGACCACCAACGGCCCAAUCGACUUCCACGAGUUCAUCGCCGACAACUGGGUCGUUCUCUUCUCCCACCCAGAGGACUACACACCAGUCUGCACAACUGAGCUUGGUGCUUUCGCCAAGCUCGAGCCAGAGUUCACCAAGCGCGGUGUCAAGCUCAUCGGUCUCAGUGCCAAUACCAUUGAGAGCCAUGGCGGUUGGAUCAAGGACAUCAACGAGAUCUCGGGCAGCAACCUCCGCUUCCCAAUCAUCGGCGACAAGCAACGCCAGGUUGCUCUUGCCUAUGACAUGAUCGACCAUCAAGACGCCACCAACGUCGACGAGAAGGGCAUCGCAUUCACCAUCCGCAGCGUCUUCAUCAUCGAUCCAAAGAAGACCAUCCGUCUGAUCCUCUCUUACCCAGCUUCGACUGGCCGCAACACUGCUGAGGUUCUCCGCGUGGUCGACUCUCUCCAGACCGGCGACAAGCACAGAGUCACCACUCCAAUCAACUGGGUGCCAGGUGAUGAUGUGAUUGUUCACCCAUCGGUCAAGAGCCCAGAGGCUGAGAAGCUGUUCCCGAAGAUGAACGUCGUCAAGCCAUACCUCCGUUUCACUCCGCUGCCAAAGGAAGAGACUUCUGCCAAUGUAUGACUUGGUGAAACGAUGUUCAAACACGUUUGGGGCCAGGAAUGGGGAAUUUCGAUCGACUGAGACCUGCUCUUGAAAGAGCACUACAAGAGCUUGGCUUGAUGAUAUCUCGGAAAGUGCGUUCCUGCUACUCUUCAAUGAGGAAGGAGCUUGAAUUAGGUUAGCGACGUUUAAUGAAGAACGACCAUGAGCCAACACGCACUCAUUGAUG